AUGCCCUCGGGUACAACCUGUGUCGGCCAGUCUCGGCAGAGCUGUUGGACGUCGUGUAGUUUGUGGCAGUCCAUUCGCGGUGUGAAUAUGUGAAGUUCUGGUAUUUCGAAAAGUGGAACCAGUUUAUCAACAUGCUGCGACCGUCGUGUAGUUGUGACAGUGACAGAAAGCAAAUUGUGAUUUGCACUGUGUUAACGUUGUGCUUGCUUGCCUGUCGGGCUGAUAAAGUGGCUGCGCAGAAAUCAGAAGGAGACUUGUGUCUGCAGAAGACUGGAGAAGUUGGCGUGUGUCAGUUAUUGACCCGAUGUACUGCAGUUGUUCAGAAGGUACUUCAAGGGGAAAGGCCUACUGUCUGCAGUAUUAAACUGGAUAUGCCCAUUAUUUGCUGUGACAUGAGUCCUGCUGUCAGACUUCAGCCCCAGGGUCCUCGUAACAUCAUACCGAAGCAAAAUCCCUCAGAAUUUACAAAUGAGUACUACCUAUCUGAUGCUGCCCCAUAUCAGUUAUCUUCAGUAAACUCUCCUGUUAGGUAUUCAAGAGGAAACAGAAAUGAACCUUGGUGGCUAAUUGAAAAGCCAUUUAUUGAAACUGUUCCUGAUACUUCAGUAAAACCACAAUUCAGUAGCAGCAGCAACAACAGCAGCAACCACAACAGCAACAACAACAACAACAACAACAACAACAACAACGAAAAUAAUAAUCACCGCCCACAUAGACCAAACCUUGAAACUUCACAGUAUCACUGGUGGUAUUCUGAGAGGCCAUUUACUUCAGCUCCCCUACCACCACCAACUAGGGAAACAACAAAACCCAUUACCAAGCCUAACCAAUCAACAGUCAGAAGAUCCGGUCGAGAGAGAAUUAGUGAAAUGAAAUGUAAAGAGUAUUCAAAGCUGGUAACUGCUCAGGUUGGAGUCCUACCUCUAGUGCCAACCCCUGAGCCUGUGUAUGUUGACAUACCAAAGUGUGACUUUACCAGUGUGCCAUUGAUUGUGGGUGGUGAAGAAGCAGAGCUCAAAGAAUUCCCUCACAUGGUGGCACUUGGUUAUUUGGAAAAUGGACACAUUGACUGGAGGUGUGGUGGGUCUCUGAUCAGCGAGUACUUUGUACUCACGGCUGCACACUGUGCCCCCAGAAAUAAUCCACCAACAAUUGCACGAUUGGGUGAUCUAAAUCUGAAACUGACCAAUGAUGGAGCACAACCAAUAAAUUACUUAGUGGAGGAAGUUAUUCAACAUCCUCAGUACAAGCCACCUGCCAAGUAUAAUGACGUUGCUCUCCUCAAGUUGGACCGUCAAGUUGAAUUUAGUGAAUUCAUUCGUCCUGCAUGUCUCCAUCAAACAGAUACCUUCCAGAUUAAUAAGACCGUUGCCACAGGAUGGGGAAGGAUAGACUAUGCUGAAAAGAAAAGUGAUGUUCUGCUCAAGGUAGUACUCAGCAUCAUUGAUAACAGACAAUGCAAUGGAUUGUAUGAGAUGGAUGGGGUAACCAGAGAACUGAAAGAUGGUAUUGUACCAUCCAUGAUGUGUGCUGGUGAAUUGGAAGGGGGUAAAGACACAUGCCAGGGAGAUUCUGGUGGACCUAUCCAGAUCACAAGGCACAACAACCAAUGCCUCUACAGUAUAAUAGGCAUUACAUCAUUUGGAAAAUUCUGUGCUGCAAAGAAUGCUCCAGGAGUAUACACCAGAGUAUCAUCUUUUGUACCAUGGAUUGAAAGUAUUGUAUGGCCUGAGUAAUAUCUGGAUGUGAUUUGAUACUUAACCUAUGUGAAUAUAUUUCAGUGUGCUGUACAAUAAAGUGGAUUGUUUACUCAUACUGCAAUCCCAAAAAUCA